CGCGCUUACAGAAAGUUCAAGGCCACGCCCCCUUUGGUUGUAAGUGAAAGUAGGAGAAUGACGGCUGACAGAAUUGUGUGAAGAGAGGAUUUGAUUAAAUGAUCAUGUUGUCUAUUGACAUCUAGACCUAGAUAUCAACUACUAAGAGAUGAGUGAGCUUGGAGAGGCAGACUUUGGUUUAACCACAUUCUUUGCCCGGAGUCACCCGAAUGACAAGUGUGGGGCAAAUGGACUCCCGCUAACUCCAAACUCAAUCAAGAUUCUUGGAAGAUUUGAGCAUCUUAAAACUAUCAGUCAUGAAAAUCUCUGUAAAUAUAUAGACAUUCAGAGAGGCAAACAUGAACGUUUAUUGGUUGUCACAGAGCAUUAUCAACAAACUUUGAAAAACGUAGCAAAGUCAGGAAAAUAUUCAGUUGAGGAGAAUUUGGUGACCUUGGCUUAUGAGAUAGUCAAAGGACUUGCUUAUCUGAAUAAGAGAGGAAUCACACACAGAAAUUUGUCUCAAGAAAAUAUUCUUUUUAAUAAAAAGGGGAAAGUAAAGCUUUCUGAGUAUGGCCUGUAUUACAUGACAGAAUAUGGAGCAAAUGUGGCAUUUCCUAUUGGACACCCUCAGUACCUGUCCCCUGAGGUUCUGUGUGAAUACCCUGUCCAGUAUGAUGAACACUCCGAGUCAGAACCCUCAGUCCUAACCCCCACAGGACCAAAGUCUGACGUCUGGUCUCUGGGGCUGAUUUUGCUUGAAGUUCUCACUGGAGAAGAAUUUUGGGGUGAUCUAACAAUGCCACAAACAUUUUUCAAGAUUCUGAGCUUUGUCAACUCAGAUAUACAUCCACUGGAUGCAAUUAGUAAAGACCUUGACAUUGAGUCCCAGGUCAAGACCCUUAGUCGAGAUUUUAUGGACUUUCUUAGAAAAUGCUUAUAUGCCUCACCAAUGGACAGAGCAAAUCCAACUGAGCUGAUGGAUCACUCCUUGUUCAGAGAUCUACGCCAGAAAAAUUCAAAGACAAAAAAUGGUCACCGCCUAUUCUCCUCAGAUCUACGCAGCUUAGACCUAGAACUUCCUGUCCUUGGACAAAAUGGCUAUAAUAAAGAUUAUAAUGAGGACCACCUUUCUCUCAGGGCAAUGGAGGAGGUGUAUUAUUUGUGGCAGCUAGCCGGGGGAGAGCUGUUUGGUGCCCUAAAGAGGGAGGGGCUGGUCAAAACUAAACCCCCCAUCCAUCUCUUGCCAUAUUAUUCAACACUGGAUGGUGAGGUUUUUGGACAGAGGAGAGACCAGGCAGAGUUGUUGGAUGGAACCAUUAUCACUCUAUCGCAGGAACAACUUAGAAAGAGAUUGAGUGAAAUAGAUGAAACUGCAUACUACCCUCUGUUGGAAGACGAAAAUAGCCAAGUCACAACCAAUUUGCCCUCGUCUCCUAGCAACUCUGAUAUAUCUGAGACAGCGAGUCUGCCGCUAGUUAUUAGAGAAAAAGAUGUGGAAUAUCAGUUUCACAGGAUAAUUUUGUAUGAGCGAUUGAUCAAAGGAUACCCCUACAAGAAAAGUCACAUCUGGAGGGAGGCAAGAGUGGACAUACCCCCCCAUGUGAGGGCACAUGUCUGGGCAGCUAUUCUUGAGGUUGAGGGGGAUAUCUAUGCCAGAUAUGAUUCAAUAGAUAAAGAAACCCCAACAAACACAGACAGACAGAUUGAAGUGGACAUUCCCCGGUGCCAUCAGUACCAUGAACUUCUAUCCUCCCCGUCUGCCCACGCCAAGUUCAAGAGGGUUCUGAAGGCCUGGGUGGUCAGUCACCCCCAGUAUGUGUACUGGCAGGGGCUGGACUCCCUGUCAGCUCCCUUUCUCGCUCUCAACUUCAACAAUGAGGCAUUAGCAUAUUCCUGUCUCUCUGCAUUCAUUCCAAAGUACUUACAUAACUUCUUUUUGAAGGAUAACUCUCAGGUUAUACAAGAAUACCUUGCUGUGUUCUCCCAUUUGAUCACAUUUCAUGACCCUGAACUCAGCAACCAUUUAGAGGGAAUUGGAUUUAUACCAGAUCUGUAUGCUAUUCCUUGGUUUCUGACCAUGUUUGCACAUGCCUUCCCAAUUCAUAAACUUGUUCAUCUCUGGGACACUUUGUUGCUUGGCAACUCUUCUUUUCCCCUGUGUAUUGGUGUAGCCAUUUUGAGGCAGUUUAGGGACCGACUUUUGACUUACGGAUUCAAUGAGUGUAUUCUCAUGUUUUCUGACAUGCCAGAGAUAGACAUACAGAGAUGUGUGCAAGAUUCCAUCAAGAUUUUCUGCAGUACUCCAAAGAGUGCGACAUUCCGACAACACGCCAGGGAACCAAACAAGCCAGGCACCAGUAGCAGCAGACCAAACAUUUCCUACUACUCCAGGGACUACAACGAGCAGCCUAAAUCAGAACUGUCUAUGGAACCUGUUAAAGUUGAAGAACUGAAAACAGAAAAAUGCUGUCGAAUAUCUGCUGAAGAUUUGAUAGAAAUGGGAGAACUUUGUGGCCCCUCUUCCUCCAAGAGUCCGACCAAGCGGAAACCAAACAGUCGACCAAUGAUAAUUGUGAUAGACAUCAGGAAUCCAGAGGACUAUGCAAAGGGUGCCAUUCCUGGGAGCAUCAAUAUUCCCUUCCCCUCGGCCUUUUCUCCAGAGGGUGACCUAAAUCCCUGCGCUGCAGUGAAUGUACUGAACCAAAAUAAGCAACAGGUCAAGGUCAUUGUAGGUAGCAGAGGCAAGAAUGCCAAUAAUUUUGCAGCUGAUCUGGUGAGACUGGGGUACCACAAGGUGUGUGUUUUACAUAAGGGCAUUGACGUUCUCAGAUCUACAAAUAUCCUCACAGUACCCCCGGCAGAUUACUUCUAAAGGCAUUGACAGAAACGAGAAACAUUUUUAUCUGUCUCAUAAUACAACUUGAAUAAUUCAAAAUUGAUUAUGACUUUAGCAAACAUUUCUCCAUUUUAAACUUUUGGGCAUAUGUAUAGAAGUUACAUGUAUGCACAUGUAUUAUGUACAUAUGGAAUUGUGGCUAUGUAGAAAAGAUCUGCUCUAGACAAGCAGAAACUGUAAUUUAUUUGUGAAAAGUCUUUGGAAAAUAUAUGAAAAUGAAAUGUUGCAGCAGCUUUUCUACUGGGUGUUAUUUGUGCAAUAUUGUUGUAAUUUUUGUUGAAAGAUUUUAUAAAAUAAAUCUGAAAACUUUUGAAACAA